GUACAUCCAGGAAAUUCCGCUUUUCAAAUCAUGGAGGCAGAACAGAUGAUGGAGGGACAGCCGCAGGUUCCAGAAAACCCCCAUUCUGAAUACGGCCUCACUGAAAACGUAGAGAGGAUAGUAGAAAAUGAGAAAAUAAACGCAGAGAAAACAUCAAAGCAGAAGGUGGAUCUUCAGUCAUUACCCACACGUGCCUACUUGGAUCAGACAGUUGUACCUAUCUUGCUACAAGGACUUGCUGUUCUUGCAAAAGAGAGACCGCCAAAUCCCAUUGAAUUUCUAGCAGCAUAUCUUUUAAAAAACAAGUCACAAUUUGAGGACCGAAAUUAACUCCAUAAAAAUGAGGACAAUUUGGCUGCUAGAUUGAAAUGCUCCUUUGCUGCAAUUUGUUUUCUGCUGUAAAAAUCCUCUGGAACCAUGAUAUUGUCUUUCUUAAUCCCACAAUUUGUUUUACCUUUUGAGUUAUUUAAUAAACAACACUUUUACAUUUCAUUUGUUCACUUGUUUUAAACUAGUUAUUGAGAGACUUUCAAAAUAAAGUACUGAAACUGCAC